CUCCUGCAUGUUCGCUUUUACGUAGGGGUCGAUACCAAUGAGUGUCGGGUUCUGAAUAUGUCUGGUCAAGCGUGCCUUUGCGAUGUGUCAGCACAAUGUCGCAAGACUUGCAUGCGUGAGGUGGGGAAGAUCACGGCUGCGAUCAGUGGACGAGGUUUUCUAGGCCUGUCGCAAAGUGGCAUAUCGGCUCAUGUGUUGUCGGAGCCCAGUGCCGGUUCAUCAAAGGACGCCGCUUCCCGUGGCUGAGAAUAGCCUUACCUGACUGAACUCAUGAAAUCCUACCACAGCUACCCAGGUACUGUACGCCUUGGUUAUGGUUGCCUACUUCAUCGAAG